UACGGCAGUCGUAAGCGGAAUCUGAUUGUCGUCAUUUCAGAGAGAAAUGGUUGUUGGUUAAUAGUGUCUAUCGUCUUGCUGUGUUAGGAACUGCUUUUCGCCUCGUUAAAUUGGUUGGAACGGUGCCAUGUCUUCGGGAAUGACCGGACAAACACCGUGCUUCAACAGCCGAUGGGAUCAACCAGCUCAGCCUAAGCAGAGUGUAGAUGUGAGGCAGCAGAGAAGCAGUGAAAAUGCUGCCCAGUCUGUGUCUUUAUCUGGAGUUAUUGGCACUGCUGGUCCAAACAAUGCCCUUUCCCGACCACAGCAAACAGGAACAGAUGCACCUAUGCCACAGGGAGGGGUUGAGAUGGCUGCAGCCAUGGCAGCUAAAAUAAACGCCAUGUUGAUGGCUAAAGGAAAGCUGUUAACUCCCCCACCCCUGCUCAAAAAGGUCCCUCAGAGUGUACCUAUCCCGCCCCCUACGGAAGAGUUGGUUAUCACCGAAGUGGACAUUAAUGAUGUACCACUGGACUGCAGGGAUCUUCUCACCAAAGGAAAAACACAAGAAGAAAUCCGACAGUUGACUGGAGCAGUCGUCACAACAAAGGGUCACUUCAUGUGUGAUGUAGACAAACCCAAAGUCGGUCAAAGACCGUUGUAUUUACAUGUCCAAGGAAAGACACAGGAUGAAGUUAACAGGGCUGUGAUGAGGAUAAAGGAGAUCAUCUCUGAAGAAGUGAUGAGAGCAUCGGGAGGUCAACAGGUGCCCGUGAUGCCUCCGCUCACUCUGUACCCUCAGCCUCCUCGGCCUGUUGUUCCCGUUGUGCCACGGAUGCCAAACGCAAACCCAGCGGUGGGGCAGGGACACCGACCCGCAGCUCCACAUACAGGGAGUUUUGUGCACACAAAGAUUUUCGUGGGUCUCGACCAAGCGCCGCCUUCUUUUAACGUUAACGAGAAGAUUGAAGGUCCGGGCGGUUCGUACUUGGGUCACAUCCAAACUGAGACGGGGGCUCGCGUCUUCCUCAGGGGGAAAGGCUCCGGCUACAUCGAACAAGCUUCAAAGCGAGAGUCAUUUGAGCCUCUUUAUGUUUACAUAAGCCACCCAAACUCAGUCGGACUGGAGGCAGCAAAGAAGCUGACUGAGAGUCUGCUGGAAACUGUCAGAGCUGAACAGGGCCGGACGAUGUCCAUGUACAGCGGCUCAACACAAUCAUACCAAGCACAUGGAUAUCCCACUAAUAGCAAUUACUCUAACCAGCGGUCCUGGUAUAACUACCCUGCUAAUGGUUAUGCUGGGGCCUAUUCAGCCUAUCCAGAGGACCAUGGUUAUUGGAGUAAUGCAAAUGGUCCACCAAGUCAAUCUAACAUGUCGACAAACCCUCAAUCUUCUCAGGCAAUGGUUCAGUAUCCGGUGUGUUCUCGGAAACCACAUCCCUACCUGGUCCAGGAGUCUGGCAGCGUCAGUGAGGACGUGGAGUCUGAAGGAUCUGUAAGCUCCCCGCCUGACUCGCCAAGUCCCAAACAUCAGUUCCAGGAGGCAGCAGAGGAGGAGCAGCCACCCAGCUGCUCUGCAGAGGCUGCUGCUCCUCAGGAGUCUGCACUUCCUGCCACCAGCGUUGGGAAGGAAAGAGCUGCAGAAAGGAUUCUCAUGCCUCCUCCACCGCCGCCCUUCUGCGCGGUCCCUGCUCCUGCUCCAAGAAAAAGGCCGAGGGAAGGCGUGACGGACGGUGCGACCGGUCCAUGCGGUGACGCCGGGUUCACGGGUGUUCCAGAGGACGCUCAUGGGAAGAAGUUUAAAGCAGUGGAAGACGCAGCAGGGCUGGUGCCCUACGGAGGGGACUCCUCCGAUGAAGAGGAGGAGAGGACUCACAGCAUCCUGGUGACAUUCAAAGCACUUAAGCCUCAGAUGUUGCCCCCCCCCGCUCAAGCCACGCCCCCUGUAUGUUGAUGAUCCACUUUAAUCACAGUGUUUCUGUCCAGGUGGACAGGUGGGGUCUAGAACUGAUCCCACAACUCUGUAUCAGCUUUCUACCCCGAUCCAAAUACACAUUCAUCCAUUUAUCUUUAAUCACUGCAGCUGGUCAGAGGUCGGGAGGUCGGGGGGGGGGGGUCACUCAUGCUGACAACACACUUGAAGUUGAAGUCCACGCAGGUCAUCGUAGAUUGUUUCAACUAGGGCGUCUGUUACUGUUGCGAUUAAAUUUCAAUCAGUUUGUUUUCAGGAAAACUGAGGAUUGAUCUUGAAGAAUUGUAACUCAUCAUUCCUAAGUAUGACCAAAAAGUCUUUUUUCCACACUGGUUUUUAUUUGUGGUUAAUCUAAACAUUUUAAUCUAAAUAAUUUCACAUAUUUAUUCACACGAUUGACAAUAAAGAUUGCCCUAGUUUUAACUCAGGUUUUUGGACUGAGUGGAGGAAAACCAGGGUCAUCAGCCAACCUAGGAUGCCCACCUGUGACCUAUGACCUGUGAAGAAGCAGAGCUGCCCCGACGUCACCACGUUGCACAGGAUAUAGAUUAGUUUGUGUAAAUGGAGAAUGUGAAUAGUUUGUACACGGAUGUUGUGAAAGAUUUGUGGUCUUUCACUACGACUUACAUCAGUAAAAAAAAAUCUUAACUUUUAACCAUUGACUUUAUCCAGUGGUUGAAUAUGAGUCCAGUGGACUCCAGUGUUUGGUCCAAUGGUCAUCUUUUCAAAGAACUGUCAAUCAACCCAUCAACAAACACCUGUCAGUGGGAGAAAAACCCCAGAAAUACCCAAACCCGGUUCUUCUGUUGGCAAACUUGACAACGCCGUUAUAAAGCUAACCUCGGGUUUAGACUCUACUUUUACUGAUGUGUAAAAUGAACUAUUGAGCAUGAGAGGAGGCGGCCAAUGGAAACGCUCUUAUGACUGGCUGAAUUAAACAAACACACAUACUGGUGUCCCAGACUGAAGCUGUUUGUGUUGUGCUGCAUUUGAACUUAUAUUUUGGGUACAUUGGGAAACAUCAGAGCUGGGACUGAAGAUCUGUCUUUAAACUGUCAAACUGCUCCAAUGAGCUUGUCAACAGAAGGGAAACUGAAGAAAACUUUUUUAUUUUGCCACGUUUUUAGUAAACUAGACUGAUGGAAAACAGCCUCAACACACCGAGCAGAAUUAGGUGUUCACCACAACAGCACAAACACACACAACUCCUCCUCUGUGUGCUAACAUACCAUAGUGUUAGCCAAUGGAGAAAGUGGACCAACAGGCUCCACCCCUUAGAGACAGAGACACUCCAGGACAUACCGGUCAAGAUUAAAAAAUGUAUCUGAGCCAAAAUAAUCUAAAUACACUCAGAAUAAUGAGAUGGAAUCAUCGACUGUAUAUAAGGACUGGACCGACUGCUGCAGGCUGUGGUUACAGCAGGGGUACUUUGCCAUAAGAAGAGAUACUUGUUUGAUAAGGAGUACCCGAACAAAAGUUCUGGGACAUACAGUAGAACCUGUGAAACUGUUCCAAACAGAACAGUAACAGUACCAUUUUUGACCCUGUUGAUGAUGAUCUUUAGUCCACGGUGGCUACCAGGUGUGGAACAGUGAAGAAAACCUGUGGUUGUUUUAUAACCAUUAAGUGCUAACUAGUGCGUUCUCAAUGUUUAACAGUUUCAUGUUUGUGUGGUUGAACUGAGGUCCAUUUUGAAUUCACGAUCUCAUGCGUACGUUAAGAGAAAAGUUAGUGGAUAAAUAUGUUGUAAUUGACAGCAGGAUUGUCAAACAGUACCAUGCUGACAGUAAUUGGGUUGUUGUGGACAAUCCUGCUGUCAUUUGUUGACAUUGACCAAUCAUCUAAAUUUAAAUUUUCUUGUUUGACUAAAUAUUUUGAAUAUACAAAUAAAUGGGUUUUAAUACUUUACCACUUUUUCACACACUGAACUGUAUAUUCAAACUUUGACACAGCAGAGCAUUCAAAUUGUUCUCCUUUGGCUUCACCUUCACAGUGACACGCCUCCGUCCAGUCUUUAUAUACAGUCUAUGAGAUCAGACCAACAGUCAUUUUGAGGUUGAACAGAAGGUUUUGAAUUGACUGUGUGUUUGGGUCAUUUGUUUUUAUGUAUAAAUUUAAAAAGAAAAAUA